UCGGCUACCCCGACCUCAUCUAAAUCAUGGGAAACAAUUAAAUAGAACUCGUUAAAUCACAUUGAAGCUCCUUGAUCAGUAUCAUAUUCGAACCUCUGAUUUGGGCUAUCUAGCCUCAAGUUCGCAGUCAUGUCUCUCGUUCAAGCACUCCAAUAUGAACUCAGUGCUCAAAUACCCCGCUCCUCUUCUUCCCAUCAAGAGCCACAGCUACAGCCUUCAAUGGAUACUAUGCCAGCUACAUCAGACCAUCAGAAUGGCUUCCAGGAUGACAUUGUCGAUGAGAAUACUCCUAUUCCUGCUGAGGUAGCACGCCGGGUCUUCGAUGUUGCUCCAUUGAACGUAAUGAACAAGUCGCGUCGCGUAGUCAUUACUUCAUUGGUCAUCUUCAGUAAUCUCGUGCAGAUGAUUGUCAAUUUCGUCGGUGUCUCUGGAGGGAUGAAACUUGGCGAUGCAUUGGGUGUGACUCAAGCUCAAGCCACUUGGAUCGCGGCUAGUUAUGCUCUGACCCAGGGCACAUUUGUCCUGAUCAGCGGUCGGUUGGGUGCCGUCUAUGGGCAUAAAAAUCUCCUCUUAAUAGGUGGUGCCUGGCUAAGUAUAUGCACUCUCGUGUGUGGAUUCGCCAGUAAUUUUUAUGCGUUUACAGCAGUGCGAGCGCUUUCAGGAGUUGGAGGAGCGUUCAUACUUCCAAACGCCGUCGCAAUGAUCACCAUCACAAACCCUCCAGGGCGUGUGAGGAAUCUCAGUUUGGCCUUCUUUGGUGCUUCUGCACCAGCGGGUGGAUAUAUCGGUGCUGUCCUAUUGGGAGUGUUCCUGGAGGCGACGGAAUGGAAAUGGCUUUUUGUUUUCAUAGCAGCACUUGGUGCCGCCACUUUCCUUCCCCUGUCCGCAAUCCUCCCGAAAGAGGUUCCUGUGGAUCGGGAAGGCAAGAUUGACUGGGUUGGAGCGGGAUUGGGAACAUGUGCUUUGAUAUUAUUCAACUUCGUUUGGAACCAAGCUCCCAGCGUCGGAUGGUCGACAGCUUAUGAAAUUGCUCUUCUGGUAUUAUCUGUCGUUCUCUUCGCUUCCUUUGUCAUCUGGGAGAAACGUUUCACUCCUCAUCCGAUCAUGCCCUUGGAUAUAUUCAAGGCACCGUCAUUCUCUGCCCUUAUUCUCGUUGUCCUGCUUAAUUAUAUGGCCGUCGGGACUCUCAUUUGGUACCAGAUCCUGUGGCUGGAAGAGGCGUGGAAUUGGUCUUCUCUGCAAUUUGCCGUCGGUUGGACACCUUUCCUGAUCUUUGGCACUGGAGCUGCUGGUCUCGCAGCAUGGCUUAUUCCACGCCUAGCCGCUCAAUGGAUACUGGCCAUUGGGACCAUAACGAUACUUGUCUCCAAUCUGCUCAUGGCGACGAUGCCUCCGCAGCAGACCUACUGGGCACAGGUUUUCCCGUCGGUAAUUCUCUUUGCAUUUUGCCCAGAUCUGGUGUACACAGCUGCCCAGAUUAUAGCGAGCAAUGCCGUAAACAGGCAUCAGCAAGGCGUGGCUGGCUCCCUCAUCGGAACGCUUAAUCUGUACGGUAACAGUUUAGGCCUUGGUUUUGCUUCGACGGUCGAGACCGAAAUUAGACGCCGGACACAGAGUACCAUCAUGGGCUACAAGGCGGCACUGUACUUCGGGGCAGGCAUCAGCGUCAUCGCAUUGGUGCUAGACCUCCUCUUUGUUCGGCUUGUCAAGGAUGACCGCGAGGGAUGGCAGAACGCAAAUGAUAUGGAUCCAGCAGAUGAAAUCGAGCUAACUUCCAGUGCGGCUGCUACUGGAACACAGCUACCAACCGCUUCACAGCGCGCGACAUAGGCCCAUCGUUACAUGCCAUCUAUACCGAGUACAUGUAUCAAAAACUCCAUCGUCCAUACGUUAGCAAGAUAAAAUUUGUUUUGAUUUCGAAGAUAAAUUUAGAUAUGGAAGAAUCGUCUCUAUAUGCAUUCUUUGUUACUUAGCGGAAUCAAAAGUCUUCAUUGACGUCAGGUCAAAUCUAUCGGACUAGGAUAUGUAUACUGGAUAAGUAUCCUGUCGAGAUAACUACAACGAAUUUUUCAUAUAUACGUUGAUAUCCAUUUACAUUUCUCCUAUCUUCCAUUGAGUAAUAGAGCAUGGAAACUU